AGCCCCCAGACAAAGAGCCACCUACCCCUUUCCAUCCAGGGGGUGGAGAUGACCAUAAAUACUAUGGAGAUCCCAUUUCCUUCCCAUGCCAAUCUUCCACUGCCAUUCAUCUCCAAAGAUCGGUCCCAGGCAGAUCCAAGGUGCUGAGUAUGAAAGGAGAACACAUGCUUGGCAUCUGUGAAAUGGCUCCGAGGCCAGCUAGUAUUUAAAAUCAGCAUUUCCAGGGUGCAGUGUUUAUUUGUGGGCGGAGACAGCCCACAUUUCUUAAUUUCAGGCCAUUCUUGCUUCAAAGCAGUUGGAAAAUUCUGCUGUUCGGCAUCCGUGCCUGUCUCUCAGGGCUGAAAUCCACCACCUACGUUUUCCUCUUGCCUUCUGUGGAUGGUAGCAUACCAUUCCAAGGACUUAUAAGACAUUCUCCUCCAGCAGUUGUGCAACAAUGAUGUCAUGGGGUGUCCUGUCAACACAACUGUCUUGUGUUUGGAGGAGAGCACAGUCUAGGCCAUCAGAGCUGUCAGGGAGCACCCUUUCCUGUUCCACCCAGGACGUGCUGGCUAUAUGCAAGGGCUGCACGAGAUCAAUCCAUUCUCUGCCACAUGGGUCUAAUUUCGGUCCCCUUCUGUCUGGUUUACUGCAACUCUUUCAUCUGGGUCUGGAGCAGCGGGAGGUGGAUUUAAUGCACCCCAAGUGGGCCUGGUUUCCUGCCUCAGCAGAGAACACCCAGCCUGGCCUUCCACUUUUUCCUUCACUCUUCUCCUUAGAACCAGAGUAAAUAUUUAAUGGGCCAACAGCUCCCCAGGGGGUGGGAUGGGGGUCUGUGUAUAAACUGGAGAGCAAAACAAAAGGAUGCUUUUUGGAAUAAGAAGUAACUAAGUGAGGAGGUGCUUAAUGAACUGGUUAGCACCAUUAAAAAAAUCUAAUAUAACUUAGAUUUCUUUUCUCUAAAAGCUGUGCAGGGUCUGACAGAGUUCUUUCGCCAACUAACUCCCCAGUUGCUGGCAUUACAACCAGCAUCCCAUGGCAUCACAGUUAGGCAACACUGUGACCCACUGGCAGACCCCUGGUGCUUCCCUGUGCCUGGCCUGGCCUCUGCACUUCAACAGGACAGAAGGAGGAAGGGUAGCUGAGUGUAAGCAGCUCAGUGCUCCCCUUCUAGGAUGGCUGGUGGAAACGUCCCUGGAGGAGAGGGCAGCCAGGCUCUGUUUCCAAUAAGUCUGGCACAACAAGCCCCAAAAGGCAAGAGAAGGAAGGGCAGCAGGUGGAACAGGGCGGCCUUAAAUCCUAAUCCCAGCACUGGGGCCCUCUUCACCUGCUGCCCUUGCCCAAGGGGGGAAUGGAAGGAACAGCAGCUGGGCAAGCCCCUAGCAGCAAAACAAACCAAGAGGCCAGUGUCGCCUGACAGGCUGACUACUUUCUCCUCGCCUCCAUUGUCUGGCCACUGAACUCACCAGGAGGAGAAAGGCUGUGUCUCCGCCUUCGCCUCCUGCUGCCACUCAGCGACGCAGCAGGGAGGCCGGCCGGCAAGCGAGGGCGGAGGCUGGGGAGGCGAGGCAGUCGACACCCCCAGCCCGAUCCGCCCAGCUCACCUCCCUUUGGCAGCUGGACCACAGAUGCCAUAAGCAUCCGCCGCUGCCAGUCCCCGCCCGGGACUAAAGGCUGCUUCUCCUCCAUUGCGUCCUGGCUGCAGGAAGAGCCACCGCCGCCGCCGCAGCCCACUCCCCCACUUUCCCUCGGAUGCAAGGAAAGCCGGGCCUGGAUCCCCUCCUCCGCCAACCCCAUGAUCCGCAAGAAGGGCUCCUCCUCCACUUCGGAUGCCCAAGACACUGGCUGGCUGCUCGGCCACGAAAAGAGCCCCUCGGGCUUCCUCAGCGCCCCACUGCCCAACGGAGGCCUCAGCGGUGGCGGCGGCACCAGCUCCAGCUUCGACAUGGGCGGGAGCGAUGAUGAUGAAGACCCAAUCUACAUUGACGGCACAGGAGGUUAUGAUUCUGCCAGCAACUGGACUGCCAGAGACAACUACUUCAGAGACGGGAAAACCAAGAUUGACUUUGUGCUGGUUUGGGAGGAGAAAGUGCGCCCCUCAAAGAAGCGUCAAAGCAAGCAGCACCACGAAAGAAGCAGGACAGGGGACAACUGGGAGCAGCCCCUCAGCAGACACGAGAGGUGGAGGCGAAAAUUUCUCAAGAACCUGCACAAUGCCGGACUCUUGCUGGAGAAGGAGGAGACACUAAGCGAGCGCAAGACCAUUCACUACUUGAAGCUGAGCGCCCCCUGGGAGGUGCUGAUGUAUUAUGCUGAAGAGCUCUGCAUGCGUGCCCCGCUCCAGGCCCACCCCAACCCAGACAGGAACCGUUCGGCCGACCUGCUCCAGAAGCUGCACAUCCCCAACGUUAUGGAGCAAUGGGUGCCAAACAAGCCCAUGGACUACUACACCUGCGCCUUCCGCAAGUCCAAGCUGGAUAAGUUCCUGGGCAGUGACCUGCAUGACUCCUACUUCACCAACACCCAAAGGCACCGCAUUGUGUACGAGAUCUUGGCCCGAACUCUCUAUGGGAAGCGGAAGCAUGCUGAAAUUGGCAUUGACCGCCUCCUCAACGAAGGGGUAUACUCGGCCGCCUUCCCACUGCAUGAGGGGCCCUUUGAACUUCCUGAAUAUAAUGUGCCAGGUGAAGAACUGAAUCCCCGGCAGAUCCUCUUCUCUUUCUGGGCCCAAUGGCGCUGUUGGUACAAAUACCAGCCCUUGGACCACAUCCGGGAGUACUUUGGAGAGAAGGUGGCCAUCUACUUCGCCUGGUUAGGAUUCUACACCGCCUGGCUGCUCCCAGCGGCAGUCGUUGGCACACUCGUCUUCCUGGCUGGUCUCUUUGCUAUGGGGACAAACACGCCUGCGCAAGAAAUCUGCAACAGCGCAGAGGAGUUCCUCAUGUGCCCUCUCUGUGACACCUGUGGGACCUGGCACAUCUCUGAGAUCUGCCCCAUGGCAAAGGUGGGCUACCUCUUCGAUCACCCAGGGACCGUCUUCUUCAGCAUCUUCAUGUCCUUCUGGGCGGUGACCUUCUUGGAGUACUGGAAGCGCAAGAAUGCCACCCUGGCCCACCACUGGGACUGCACGGACUUCCAAGAGGAGGAGGAACGGCCCCGGCCAGAGUUUGCCGCCAUGGCUCCUCGCAUGGAGCAGAACCCAAUCACAGGAAUGAAGGAACCCCAUUUCCCCAACCACAACCGAAUCUCCCGCAUCCUGACGGGGUCCAUGGCCAUUAUCAUCAUGCUCUGCGUAGUGAUGAUCUUCUUGGUAUCAGUGAUCAUGUAUCGUGGGAUAGUCAGCACCAUGAUGUACCACACAGGGAACAUCAUCCUGAUGACACAGGCAGGAAACAUUGCCAACAUCAGCAGUUCAAUGGUGAAUCUAAUACUCAUCCUCCUCAUGAGUCAGGUCUAUACAUCCCUUGCUGAGAAGCUCACCACAUGGGAAAUGCACCGCACACAAACGCAGCAUGAGGAUGCCUUCACCUUCAAGGUGUUCAUCUUCCAGUUUGUGAACUUCUACUCCUCCCCGUUCUACGUGGCUUUCUUCAAAGGCAGCAGGUUUGUGGGGUAUCCUGGUCAAUAUGGAAAACUCCUGGGCAUGAGGAAUGAAGAUUGCGGUCCUGGUGGGUGCCUGAUAGAACUGGCCCAGCAGCUCUUUAUCAUCAUGGUGGGGAAGCAGGUGGUCAGCAACAUCCAGGAGUUUCUUGUUCCGAAGCUGAAGGCCUGGAACCAAAAGAGGAAGUUGGCCCGGGUGCGAGGCUCCCAGAUCUGCCAGGAGACCAAACGAUGGGAGGAAGACUAUGAGCUCAUUGAGUGCGAAGGCCUCUUUGAGGAGUACCUGGAGAUGGUGCUCCAGUUUGGCUUCAUCACCAUUUUCGUAGCUGCUUUUCCACUGGCACCACUCUUUGCACUGCUGAACAACUGGGUGGAGAUCCGCCUUGAUGCCCAGAAAUUUGUCUGCGAGUACCGCCGCCCUGUGGCUGAGCGUGCCCAGGAUAUCAGCGUCUGGUUUUUCAUCCUGGACGUCCUGGCCCAAAUCUCUGUCAUUGUCAAUGCCUUCCUCAUUGCUUUCACAUCCGACUUCCUGCCACGCCUCCUGUAUCAGUACGAACACGACAGCCAACUCCGUGGCUAUGUGAACUUCACCCUGGCUUAUUCCCCACCCAGCUAUGUGGACAGCAACCACACCAUGUGCCGGUACAAGGCCUUCCGCGACACCCAUGGCAACUACACCCUCUUCUACUGGAAGCUGCUGGCCAUACGCCUGGGUUUCAUCAUCGCUUUCGAGCAUGUGGUCUUCUUCUGUCUGCGCCUCAUCGACUGGCUGGUUCCAGACAUCCCAGAGUCCUUGGACUUGAAGAUCAAGCGGGAGCGCUACCUGGCCAAACAGGCCCUGGCUGACAACCAAGAUGUGCUCCUGACGGUGAGUCACGACUCCUCUCCCUCACCAGCAAGCAGCUUUUUAUCCAGCAGCAUGAUCUAGUGCAGCUGGAAGCGAGGACUGCCAGCACUGGUUCUCCCUCCACUGUCAACCAUGCGGCUCGGCUCCAGUUUAUAGUGAAAAGGAUCCCAGAGGAUGAUGGAGACACAGAGAGGCUCUUCCUGUCUCUGCAUAAGGCUGAGGAAGACUUCAAGAUGGACAACAGCCCCUGUUGUGGUGUGCCACCGGCAGGCCUUUGGGCUACGUCGUGCUGCUUAGCCUCCACUAACACCCUUGAAGGAACUGCUUUGCUUCCUGGCUUUCCAAGGACCCUCGCUUCCAGCAGCAAGAGAGGUCCGAGUCAGUUCAGCAGAGAAGGCGGCAGAAGGGCUGGCAGAGGCAAGGCAGCAGGUGCGAACAGGUGUGGACCAGGAAAGGCUGGGCACUGGCAAUCUGCCUAAAUUGGAGGGGGGCAAUGAGGGGAGGACUAAGAGCACAAAAGAGUGAAACCUGGCUGCCCUUGGAUGUCCAGCAGUGGGUCCACCCUCCUUGUGCCAGCACGGGGGGGGGGGGAUGCACCACAAAAUCAGGAGUGAGGAAAGCCUUUUGAGGGCUGCAUGCUUUGUGGAGCAACAUUCCAAAUCCGGCGUUCCUACCCACUCGCACAACAUUGCUCACAGCUCCGAGUCUCCGUCCCAGACCAUCCUGUGACCUGAAAGCAACUGGGGUGUUGUGGACUGCAACACAAGGAGCGAGUGUCUCUUCCUGUGCCCAUGUGCCACUCCAGCUGCACCUGUGGGAUGGACAACUGCAUGCCUGCCUUUCUAUUGUCAAUGCCUGCCAUGUGUUUUCUCUCCCUGGCAUGCUCUCCUCCCAACAGCCUCAGAGUCCCCUCCCCACAUUGCCUGUGUCACGUCCCUUGGUUGCCUUACGUGCCCUGGAAGCAAGAAUAAAAUGUGGAAUGAUACCUAC